AUGGAUUCAAAAGUUUAAAAUGAUGUGAAAAUAGAUGGGAAUCUAUCAAUUUAUAAGGAAAGCCAAUUGAAAGUGCUUGCAAAUAAUUUCAAGUUUAUAUUAAUGUGGCAAAAUUGGAAGUUAUAUAUCCAAUUUGAACGGUUUGAUAAUAGAUUCAAAAAAUUAUUAGAAUGUAAACUAAAUCAAUUAUAUACAUUAGUGAGUUUACAAUUAUGA